AUGACGUCGAUUAUCCGCAGGUCGAAAGGUAUUCCAGGGGAGGUGUUGUCUCCCGCUGCGUUCAUGAAGCAGAAGCUGUUCUCAAUUUGGAGGUCCCAACGCGUGACAUCUGACGCCUUGUGGAAAGACCUCAAGCUCCAUGAAGAUCUUCAGCAUAGCGAUGUGAAGAAUAGAACUCCACGCUUUGCAUUGUGGAAAGAUUACGUGGAUCACCUCAGGGCCAAAAGGGAUUAUCAAUUGAUCGGGCGGCGCAUGGAAGAAGCGAUAGCCAAAAUUGGUUCAGUUAUCGAGAAGGCGAAUCGAAUGACCUCCAACAAGCUGUCAAAUACUGGCUGA